AUGCAGCAUAUCCUGCUUCGCGUUAAUCUUAGUUUCUGCACCGUCGAUGGUCUCAUUGGUGUUGACCCACCACGUCACAACCCAAGCGGAGACAUUGUGGUUUUGACCCUCCACCGUAAUAAUCCGAUCCUUGAAGCCAUCGAUUUUUUCGGACUUGAAGGAUGGUAUGUUGCAGGUUGCGCCUGCCGCGUCCAGGCUGCCGCAGUCUUUGCGCAUUUCAUGAUCACCAACACGGAUAACUUCACUACCAAUGACUGGGAAACCAACAUGAAGCUUGCACAGCAAGCACAUAUCGAUGCCUUUGUGCUGAAUAUGGCCUACGGCGACCCGACAAAUGAACCAUCCCUCGUCCAAGCCUUCGAGGUCGCUAACACCGUGGGCUUCCAAAUGUUCUUCUCGUUCGACUAUGCUGGCAACGGUGCCUGGCCCAAGAGUACUGUCAUCAACUAUCUCACCAAAUACGGAUCCAAUUCUGCCUACUAUCAGUACCAGGGAAAGCCGUUUGUGUCUACAUUCGAGGGCCCCCGCAAACGCUGCAGAUUGGAUUGGUCCUCGCUAGGAGCCAAGGCGGCGCUUGCGGCUUCUCCAGGAGUGCCCGAUGGUCUUUUCUCCUGGGCCGCAUGGCCGUGGGGACCCAAUGACAUGGACACCUACGUGGAUGCAUCUUAUGCGCAGUAUCUGGAAGGAAAGCCGUAUAUGAUGCCGGUCUCGCCUUGGUUCUACACCAACCUUCCCGGGUACAAGAAGAACUGGGUCUGGAACGGCGACCAUCUGUGGUUCGAUCGCUGGCAGCAAGUGCUGUAUCUGCAGCCGGAGUGGGUGCAAAUCAUCUCCUGGAAUGACUACGGCGAGUCCCAUUACAUCGGCCCCUUGCACGAUGAAGCCAUGGCUGCCUUCGAGAUCGGUAAAGCCCCGUAUAACUACGUCACAGGCUAUGCGCAUGAUGCUUGGCGAGACUUCCUGCCUUAUGUGAUUGAUCUCUACAAGAAAGGGACCGCCACCAUCACAAAGGAAGCCGUCCAGGUCUGGUUCCGCAGGGCCCCUGGGGCAGCCUGCAGCAAUGAUGGAACCAGCGGGAACACAGCCAGCCAGUUCCAGGUCGAAUUCCCGCCAACCGAGGUGCUCAAGGAUGAGGUCUUCUUUUCCGCGCUCUUGGGCUCACCCGCUGAUGUGUCUGUCAGUAUCGGAGGCGUGGUGCAAGAAGCGACCUGGUCUGACUCGCCAGACGACGGAGUGGGCAUUUACCACGGCAGUGUGCCAUUCAACGGCAGAACAGGCACGGUGACCGUGACCAUUUCGCGGAAUGGUGCGGUGAUCGCAGCGUCCGGAGGAUCUAUAUCAACAGAGUCUUGCUUGGACGGCACCCAGAAUUGGAAUGCCUGGGUGUCGUCCGACUGGGCGGCGAACAGCAUCUCGGCAACACCGACGCUGGACAUCAGCGAGCAGGUCUGCGUCAAUGGAACCGGGCCGAACAAUUUUGCCGGCCUCUGCGAGUUCGCCUGCUCCUAUGGAUACUGUCCCCUUGGCGCCUGUAUCUGCACGGCUAUGGGCAAGCAGCGGACCUUGCCCGUGGCCAAAGGGAUCAAGGGUUAUCCUUUGGCAGGGGAGAGCGCGAGCUACAGCGGGCUCUGUGACUUUAACUGCAACUACGGUCCCUGUGAUUCUGGAGCAUGCGGUACCACGGAGGUGGAACUCACUGUCCCGACGGUGUCGGAGUUUGCGCCGCUAGCCUGCGUCAGCGGAUCUGGUGAAGGAAACCUAGGUGGUCUCUGCAGCUUCAGCUGUGGCUACGGCUUCUGUCCCAUCAAUGCUUGCACAUGCACGGCUAAGGGAGCCUUGGUCCUGCCUCCAGCGAGCCAGAAGAUCACUGGCUCCGCGGCUUCCGGGGUGGAUUCUACCGUCUAUGGUCCGUUGUGCGAGUUCACCUGCAGUCACGGAUAUUGUCCUGAGGGUGCCUGUGUGGGCAAAUCGUCCGACACUAGCGAUGCAGCCACGCCGGAAAAUGUGGGCAUCAAAUCGCUGUCGUGUGCCCCUGAUCUGAGCCCCACGGCCACCUUCACCCUGUCGGCGGCUUGCACAGAUGCCAUCCUGAACCUGCCACGCAGUGGACCAGAUGCUUCCACCAACAAUGUACCCGCAGGAUCCCCAGCGGUCUGUAACGAGGUCUGUAGCUUCUUCCGCCUUCUGACUGGGACCUGCUGCGGACAGGGUGGGAGCACGAGCAACACCAUCGUGAUUCCCGGCACAGUGGUGAUCCCGCUGGAUAUUCCGCUGGCCGCUGGAUUUAUACCCAAUAUCCCCAUUGUCAUCCCUAUUCCUGGCCUGUAUGAUCCCGAUGUGGUAUUUGGCAAUUCCGAUCCCACCACCAACCGCGAGACAUGCCGAACCAUCGACGCUGACAUUCCCACGACGACCUUUGCGGCUGGCAGUCCAUUGCCCUCAUCAAUCACUCUGCCGGCUGGUCUCUGCUUGGACGAUGCACCCAAUGAUGAUGAUGAUGAUGAUGAUGAUGAUGACGACGAUGUCUUCCUCAUAAUCCCGCCCAUUCUGCUGCCCAACACAGAUCCUCCGUGUUAUACCACAAUGUGCUCUCCUUGCCAGGCAGGUGCCUGUGGAGGUGCCAAAUCAUCUGGCAGCAGUUCGAGCAGCCCCGAGGACCCAACUGAAUGUACUUCCAGCGGUAAUCUGCCAAACAGCAGUCAAGGUACCUGCGGCAAUGGGAACUUUCCGUUGUGGGAUUCAAGCACGGGGCAGAUCACCUGCGAUCUGCCUGCUGACGAGGCCGAAGACGGCAUGUCUUACUGUCAGGAGAAGGCGAUGGAAGACCUCGACGAGACCCUUGAUGCCAUUGACUGUUACGACAGCAGUUGUGGCGUUGGCCUAGCCAAACGUGCUAACUGUAACCCGCCCGCGUCCUUCAAGAACAGUCCCGACCCAAACGUCUGCGAUGCCGUUUUUGUGUGCGAUGUUGACAAGUGGCCGAACGUCUGCAACAAUGCUCGCUCGGCAAUGGACAAAAAGGGGGCACCCUCCGUCUUGACCUACCAGGGAUCGGGCAUCCACGACACGGGAAGAUGGCUGAAGUACCAUGGAUACGAUCAGAACGGAAAAGGCAACGAACGCAAUGAGAAAGCCCGCCGAAAGAAUCCAGGCAAUUUUCCCAAGAGAACCGGUUGGGGGUUGAUAGGCUGCGAGGUCGAAGAGUAUCCUUUCGGGAAUAGCCAGAGCAGCGCCAUUGGCAGGGCCGAUUACAACGACCGCCCGACCUUGCGCUUGAUCCCCGAGGAGGAGAAUAGCAAUCACGGGGUCGAAAUGGGAUUGUUCACCAAAGCGCUGCGGGCAAUCACGAACAAAGCCAAUCCAACCUAUUGCGUCGAAGUCACCAGCUCCUCUGGAGCCCCCAUGAAGGCCGACUACUACAUCUCCGAGUUCGAGGACUGCAACAACAAAUGCGCUGCAGCUUAUGGCCCAGGCUUCAUUUUGGUCAACCAGCUUAGCACUGCGGAUAAGCAGGCCGCCAAAAAGGCAGGAAUUCAGAACACCCAGCAGUGGGAUCUCUGGUUCGACGAGCCUGCCCAUCCGAACCGCAAAUGGGCGCACACUGUACGUUGGGAUAUCUCGGGCUUGAAACAAAACCCGCCGGUCUACAAAGCCGUCACGUCGACGAUGCCACCACAGUUCCCCCCGGCAUACGUCCUGAGAAAAGUCUCACCUUCCGGCCCCGGGCAGAAGAUCUACGUGGGCGAUUUCCCCAAUGGCUCGUGGGAGCUCUCCUUCGUUGAUAAUGGCAACACUUACACGGUUGGGGAGCCGAAGGCCGUGGUUUCCAAGACCGAUGGCAGCCAUCUCAUCUAUGACAGUCCUCCCAGUAACGGGCUCUUCCCGUAUAUCCGGAAACGCGACCUAGACGGCUCGGAAAGCCCAGUGGACGAGGACUGCGCACCCCAUGCGGCUGAGGACCUGCACGAACCCGCACUCAACGCUACAAUGGACCUCGACUUCUCACUGCCAAUCACCAAGCCAAACGGACUCAGGCGCCGCGCCGCAUCUUCGUUGACCAGCUUCCUCGACUCACGGGUCUACACCGAUGUGUUGGCCUGUCCAUUGGACGGAGAGCUCAGUGGCUGCUCCGACUGUGAUCCCGAGGACGAAGACAGCGAGAGGGACAUUCCGGCACCCAACUCCAACGGCGUCGCCGCGACAUAUCAGAUCUACAUGCACCCAGUGCCCGCUGGGCUGGGACUAACCGGGUUCACUAAAGAAUGGAUCGGAUUCCAAAGCUACGGCUCCACUGCGUACAGUGCUGGGGGAGGGGUGUGCGACGGGGAGCCAGACUGGUACGAGUUUUCUGUUACUCCCAAUACUAGCCUGAACCCUAUUCUGCCAUCUGCCCUAUACAAUAUCAAUGUGUGGGGGGACCUUUGCAUGUUCGAGGCUACGCAAGAUUGGGAGUCGGUUGGGACUUCGGCUGAGGCUGGCAAGCUGCUCUGCAAUAACUGGAAGGAGGCGACCUGUAUCAGGGCGCCUGAGCAAAAGUUUUUGUGCGGGAAGGAAUAUGCCUUUUACAUGGUGGCGUGUUCGUGA